AGAGCCAGCCCGGCGAUCGGCUGCUGGGGGCGCUGGGCAUGCCGUUCCUCUUCCCGUCGCUGCCCAUGAAGCAGGAGCAGGAGGAGCAGCAGGCUCGCCUCAGCGAGUACACGCUGGAGCUGAACGCGCAGAUCGCAUCAUUCCGCGAGCUGAUGGUGUGCAUCGGCGGCGCCAAGGACACGCAGCAGCUGCGCGAGGACGUGCGCAAGUGCCGCAUGGCCACCAUGGAGCUGUGCCGCAGCGCCAAGCCGCUCAUCGCCGCCUCGCACAAAUGGCAACACCCCAGCACCUGGCCGCACACCAUGACCCCGCCGGCCAUCUGGUGCGAGUUCAUGAAGAUGUUCGAGCGCCAGCUCACCCUGUGCGCCAUCCUGGUCCGGGAGUUCCCCGCCGACAUGUCCGGCUACGACGGCGGCGCGCUCUCCAAGCUGCUGGUGCAGAGUCUGCGGCCCGAGUGGAACAAGCAGGAGCUGGCCAGCGUGCGCGUGGACCUGCAGGAGAUGGCGGACCUGGUGCGCGCCACCGGGGUCGUGACUCCGGACGAGGAGGUCCAGCUGGAGUCGUCCAACGCGCUGGAGACGCGGGUGCCGCCGCGGCGGUCGGCGCUCAGCUUCAUCCUGUGCUGCUCCAGGGACUCGGCGCGCAGCCCGCCGCCCUUUCUUAUUUUUAUUGUCUGUGGCUCACGUCCUUUCCGGAUUCCUCCUCCGAAGGUCUCGAAGUUACAAAAUGAAGGCCCCCUAGAAUCUAGAGUUUUUGAUAACUUCGCCUUCCGCCUCUACUUAGGUUUAGUUUGA